CUCUCCUUCGCUAGCUAGCCAGCUGCUGCUGGGAAGUAGCGUCAACAAAUCCAGGAUAGUUGUCAAAAUGAGUUAUGCGGAGAAGCAGGAGGAGAUAACGAGGGAGGAGUGGAUGGAUAAACUCAACAAUGUCCAUAUACAGAGAGCGGAUAUGAACAGGCUCAUUAUGAACUACCUUGUUACAGAGGGCUUCAAGGAGGCGGCGGAGAAGUUCAAGAUGGAGUCCGGAAUAGAGCCCAGCGUGGACCUGGACUCCCUCGACGAGAGGAUUAAGAUCAGAGAGAAGAUCCUGAAGGGGCAGAUCCAGGAUGCCAUCGCGCUGAUCAACAGCCUGCACCCAGAGCUGCUGGACACCAACCGUUACCUCUACUUCCACCUGCAGCAGCAGCAUCUGAUCGAGCUGAUCCGUUUGAGGGAGACCGAAGCCGCCCUGGAAUUCGCCCAGUCGCAGUUAGCGGAGCAGGGCGAGGAGAGCCGAGAGUGUCUGACCGAGAUGGAGAGGACGCUGGCGCUGCUGGCGUUCGACAACCCGGAGGACUCUCCUUUUGGAGAUCUGCUCAAUAUGCUGCAGAGGCAAAAGAUCUGGAGCGAAGUGAAUCAGUGCGUGCUGGACUAUGAAAACAGGGAGUCGACGCCGAAGCUGGCCAAGCUCCUGAAGCUGCUGCUGUGGGCUCAAAAUGAACUCGACCAAAAGAAAGUGAAGUAUCCCAAAAUGACGGACCUCAGCAAGGGAACCAUCGAAGACCCCAAAUAAUAACGUGGUCGCGAAAAGAAAGAAAGAACGGACACGUUUUCCUUUAUCCAUUUAUACCCCCGACAAACGGAGCACAGCCUUUCUUCUUCUUUUUGGUAAGGGUUGCUUUUUGAUACUUUAAUAACUUUAGAACGUGCAAACUGGAUCGAUGGCAUUUUAAAAAAUUAGAAAAAAACGACUUCUCACACUAAAGUAACACACAGACCAUUCUUGAAUUGGUAUUAUUAUUUACAUAUUUUCUUAUGUAAACUUAUAUUUUAGUUCCACUAGUUUUUUCUUGUUCUUCUUUUUUUUCCUGUCUGUUGGCAGGGAAAGUCGUCGGCAUCGGAGGGUGCGAUUAAAGCCUAAAUUAGGCCGUCGCUUUCUUUGUGCGACCAGUUUGAUGUUCGGCGGGGAAACGACACACAAACUUUUUAGCGUACAUCCAAACAAUACACAUUUCAGAUAGUAGUGUUUUAUUUUAUUUUGUACAGCUCGUACCCUCUUGUCAAGAUACUUUGAGAUCUUUCAAAGUACCGGGACCUUGAAAGUUGAGUUGGGCUUGAGAGACGUGAUGAGAAGACGUGAUGAGAAGACGCACGCAUCGACGGGAACCAGGAGAAAAACCGUCACGCUCUACGAAGAUUCCUGGAAGGCUCAAAGAAACCGGCAGCUGAGAGGCCGCCUCGGUUUCAUCCGCUGCACGAUGUCACAGGCGGCGUUUGGAGAUGUGAACGUAUGGAGCCGCUUUGCAGACGGGUUAUUGACGCGUGUGGAUAAGAAGCGCUUUCGCUCAAUUUGAUGUGCUUUGUUCUUUUUGCUCUGAUAUUAUUUUGCAAUAAAAGUGACAUUUUAAACUACGCAGGUCAUAAAGGA